AUGUCGCAAUCCGUGGCUCAGCCUCCCGCUACGGGACCAGGUGCUCUUGACGGCGGUGGAAUCCCAGUAGCCACUGGGGAGCAGAAGUCAGGUCAAAAGGUCGCUCCGAUCAAGAAACGCCAACGUGGUAGAAGGCGCCAGCACAAGAAUCAGGAUUCAGCAACAGUGGAAUUCGAGAGUUCAGUAGCAUCGAAUGCGCUACAAGCCCAUGAGGCAUUUGAUGACGGCGAUCCCCCUACAACGGCCGGGACUGCAGUAACCAAAGAAGACGAUGCUAUACGGCCGAAAGCACGAAAUGCGCGUCCUGCAAAACUGUGA